AUGCGCUCUGCUUGGAAGCCUGAAAUCGUUUCGGCUCGCUCUCUCUCUCUCUCCCUCUGUCCCCAAAGCUGUGUACGGUGUGUUCAGGGCUGCGCCGCUCCCGUCCUAACGCCGCCGCCUCUUCUUCCUCCCACUCCUCCUCCUCCCGCCCAGACCCGCUUAUAAGACGAGAAGCUUUGCUGCCGCGGCUCCCUCUUCCCAGCUUUCAUCACUUCCGUGCAAAAGGCCAACCUGCCUUGCUCCUCUUAUUCCAGCUACCUGCUGGCUGCGAGAGCGUCUGACCUGCUCCCUCCUCCUGCCCUUUCCGACAGCUCCUGCUGGAAAGAUGGGAAUGAUUUUUCCUCUCUGUCUGAGGCUUCCUUCUCCAGCCUAUUGUUUCAGACAACAGAUAUAAGUUGCGAUGGGAGAGGAACGUCGGAUUUGGUGUCUGUCCCCCAUUUCCAAUUAUAGAUGGAUCAUUACAGACAGAGAAGUCCUGAGAAUCCAGACAUCUGCUCUUCACAUGAAUGCACUCACCUCCUAGAGGACAGCCCGCCAUCAUGCUCUGGAAACUGGUGGAAAAUGUGAAAUACGAAGACAUCUACGAGGACCGGCACGAUGGAGUCCCCAGCCACAGUUCCCGGCUGUCCCAGUUGGGCUCGGUCUCGCAAGGCCCUUACUCCAGCGCCCCUCCACUCUCUCACACCCCCUCCUCGGACUUCCAGCCGCCCUACUUCCCGCCGCCCUACCAGCCUCUUCCUUACCACCAGAGCCAGGACCCUUACUCCCACGUCAAUGACCCCUACGCCCUGAACCCGCUGCACCAGCCCCAGCAGCAUCCCUGGGGGCAGCGACAGCGGCAAGAAGUGGGCUCCGAGGCCGGCUCGCUGCUGCCCCAGCCACGGGCUUCUUUGCCGCAGCUCUCGGGCCUCGACCCGCGACGGGACUACCACUCUGUCCGGCGGCCAGACGUCCUUCUCCAUUCGGCUCAUCAUGGCCUGGACUCCGGCAUGGGCGACGCGCUUUCCCUCCACGGCAUCGGGCAUCCCGGCAUGGAGGAUGUGCAGGCAGUAGAAGAUGCUAAUAACAGCGGCAUGAACUUGCUGGACCAGUCGGUCAUCAAAAAAGUUCCAGUUCCUCCAAAAUCUGUUACUUCUCUGAUGAUGAACAAAGAUGGCUUCCUUGGUGGUGUGUCUGUAAACACAGGUGAAGUGUUUUGUUCGGUACCUGGGAGGCUCUCCUUGCUCAGUUCGACGUCCAAGUACAAAGUCACUGUUGGAGAAGUUCAACGGCGCCUUUCACCUCCUGAGUGCUUAAACGCUUCCCUCCUUGGAGGAGUUCUUAGAAGAGCCAAAUCGAAAAACGGGGGGCGAUCGUUGCGAGAGCGGCUAGAAAAAAUCGGUUUGAAUUUACCAGCCGGCAGGCGCAAAGCGGCAAAUGUCACUUUACUCACCUCCCUGGUGGAAGGAGAAGCUGUACAUUUAGCUCGGGAUUUUGGAUACAUCUGUGAAACUGAAUUCCCGGCCAAAGCAGUUUCUGAAUACCUGAAUAGACAGCACACAGACCCUACUGAUCUCCACUCCCGAAAGAAUAUGCUGCUUGCCACUAAGCAAAUGUGUAAAGAAUUUACUGAUCUUUUGGCCCAAGACCGGACACCCAUUGGCAAUAGCCGACCAACACCCAUCUUGGAGCCAGGGAUCCAGAGCUGCUUGACUCACUUCAGUCUCAUCACUCAUGGCUUUGGCUCCCCAGCCAUCUGUGCUGCCCUGACUGCUCUCCAGAAUUACCUGACGGAAGCUCUCAAAGGCAUGGACAAGAUGUUCUUGAACAACAACUCUGCUAACAGGCACACUUCUGGGGAAGGACCAGGUAGUAAAACUGGAGACAAGGAAGAAAAGCACAGAAAAUGAAAGAGAGAGAGAAAAAAAAAAUCAGAAAGCAAGCUAAUGAAAAUAGGGGGUAAAACAGAAAGAAAAGGAGAGAUUGAGAGCGAUCCUUUGGGAGGAAAAACAUUUAAUUUUAGCUUUAAAAUAUUGGAUUGGGUUUUGGAAGAAUUACGCUAGGUAGGUCACAUCUGCAAGUAAUUUUAAAAAGAAAAUAAGGUCAGAGGCGCACAGUGGAAGAGUGGCUCAGUGGCUAUGGCAAAGGAACUUUUGAAGAUAACAUCCAGGAUUUUCCACUUCUGUCAUCCCACAAUACUUUUUUAAAAUAAUUUUUGGUGGGGAUGAAAUUAUAACAGAUAAAAGCAAUCAAUAAUUUAUUGGAAGAAUCAUUUUGAUAAUGUUGCUAUGUUGGCCGAGGUACACAGUCUGUUUCUGUAUUAUUACUAUUUUUAAAAACCUAUCUAAAGUAGAAAGAAAAACCUAAGGGAUGGAUAUAUUUUAUAUUGGACUGUCCCAUUCAGAGCAAGUUUCCUGAUUUUGUGCAAAUUUUUUGCUGUUCUCUCUCUGUGUGGUCUGAAUAACUGGGCCUCAAAUUGGUCAGUAGCAUUUGGCCAAAAUAUUUCCUAAUAGUGGAAAGAAAGGGGGAAAUCUGGGUCUGUCCAAACUAUGAAUCAUUAAGAAGAAUUGUUAGUAACUACACGCAGAGGUGAUGGGUUCAGGCUGUGAAAAUGUUAAAAUGUAACCAACUACUAUAUGGAUGAGUAAGUGGAAGAGCUAAUGGAUUGCUCUCAGGUGCCUCUGCUUGCUCUGGAUACCUACCUAAAGUGUUAAUCAAAAGCUGCCCACUUAACAUAUUUAAUCCUGAAACUUGGGGGCUGCAAAUAAUCAUUUUUUUCUAUCCAUAAGGAUGUAUAUAAUUUGUGUAUAUAUGCUCCAUUAAGGUAUUGGAUUGGAUCCAGACUUGGUCAUAUUUGGAGGAGACCCGUUGUAAUCAAAAUUAGCCAUUUCUAACUCUAGACCUACAACUCAGCAUGACUAAGUCUGAAACCAAAUAACUGCCCAUGAGAGUAAACCCUUUGUUUCAUAAUAAAAUAUGCCUAUCAUGAAGUAAACAUUUUCAUGAAGUUGUACCUGUGAAAAAAAAAGUUGCACAGGCAUGCAACAACUGUGAAGAACAGGAAAGGGAAAAGGAACAUUUCUUUUUGUGGAUAGAUAUAAAGAUCAACAUGCCUUUUCUUUUCAACUGCAACUUUUUUCAUAACUACUGUUGUACGGAGGGCAAAUGUUACUACUGAAAUGGCCCUGUGCCUGAAACUGGUAAUCUUUAUUCCUAGUUUGUUUGAUAAAAAAAAUUCUAAAAUACACAUGGAGCUCUCACCUGGAACACUACUUUUUACAUUUCUAUGAAAUAACUUGUCCUAUUGAAGGGGAGGGCUCACAGUGCCCCACAAGAGGCACAAAUGAAAGUGUGUGCUACAAAACUGAAAAUCCAUGUAUGGAAGAGACUCAUGUAUGCAUUGGAGUGCAGUUAGGCCUCCUAGACUGGGAACAAUAAUGGUAGAGAUAAUGUCACAGAUAAUGGUAUCAAUCUGUACAUUUUUAUACUAAAAUUUGAGCAAUGACUGCCUCUCUUUAAAAUGUCUCAGAUCACAGACACACUCUUUGUUGUUUUAAAGAAAUGUUAAUAAGAAGAAUGUCUUGAUAAGUAUGUUAAACCUUCUCAGGAGUAUGCACCUUUUUAAUUUUCUUCUGUUUCCCAAAGCUUUGCCCGCUUGGCUUAUGAGCUUCUUCAAAGAGGACUAGAGCUCCGUACACAUUUCAUCAGGUACUGAGAUGAAAAUCCACAAUUCUGACACUUUUCCUUUUCAAAUCAAAGUCAGUUGUUUUGGAAUUCUGCAGGUGUACUUCUUUAAAGAAGCUCAAAGGGAAUAGAUUAAGGCUUCACUAACUGAGCAAGUGAUGCUGAUUUAGAGACAAAUACUAUGUCCUCCAAAAUUAUAUAUAUAUAUAAAAGAAUUGGGAGGUGGGGCAAUAGUGUUUGAUGCACAGAGUAAAAGCAGAUUUGUUAAAUAUUACCUUCUCUAAAAGAGGAAAUAUAAGAAUCAUGAUUCAUUAUUAAAUUAGUAUCUAAAUUUAAGGAAAUCCGUUUCCCCUCGUUAUCAAAGGAGUGUUGCAAAUUUUGACUUGGAAGACAAAUAGUUGUCUUGACCCUGGAGUGGAAGAGGAGGAAUUGGCCAUUUUCCAAUAACUUGCAGUGAUUAAGUAUAAAUUACAUUUUUUUAAAAAAAACAUAUAACUCCUUUUUUGGAGUAGGUAGGAAAAGAAACCAUCCUUAAGGGGAAAAUGAAUGUCACCCUGCAUGUUAUCACUUUGCAAAGGUUUUGUUGAUUUGACAGUGGCUAUGGUAUUUCAUGCAUUUUGAAAGAUUGUUUCCCUUUGUCACAACAGCUUGUGUCUAUGCUUCAUUUUGGCCUCACAUACUGAAUUCAUUCUAGAAGAUGAGAAUAGGAUAAAGAUGUAUUAUGCCUGCCACCCUGAUCCUAAACACAUUAUAUGGCUGUAAGUUCCAUUAAUUUUGGUGGAAUUUAAUUCCACUUAAGGGAACAUUGAAGGCUUGGGUCUAUGGCUAAUCAUCCAUGCGGAAGUCAAUUUUUUAUUUGAAAUGCAGUUUUCAAAUGCUAUUUGGGUACUUUCAGCAAGAGAUCAUUUCACACUAUAAACUGGGAUCACAUAAUACAGCAGUGGUUAAUGUUUCAUUUGAAGCAACUGCACAUAUCAUAUGCCAGACAGUUGCAUCUUUUGCAGCAUUUAUACACAAAAGUAUCAAUUUGCAGAUGCUUGAAAUAUUCUUAAUUUAUAAUUAUCGGUACUUUUUCCAUAUAGGAAGCUAUACACCAUACGUGCUAAAUUAUGUAUUGUGCAUUUAAAAGCUGACCCUGUGGUUCCUAAUUCCCAACCAAGCCGAUUUAGAUGUACUUAAAACUAUUCUUUCACACUGAGUGAUUUUGGUGUCAUGAAUUCACCUUUUUGUUUGUUUUUAAUGAGACAUGUUCCCAAGCUCUUAAAUAGGAGUCUAUUGUCUAUGGACAUCUUAAGGCACCAUUUUUGAGUAUAUUUAUCUAGGCAGGAAAUUUUAUCAAUCUGUGGAGCUUCCAUCUAUCUAUAAUAUCUAACUACUAAAAUUGCAGUUCUAUUGACUUUAAUAGGAAUUGAUUUAAUGCCAACCAUUAGUUCAUUUGUGGGAGAAACUUUGAAUUCUGAUCUUAAUUCAUACCUGUCCAAUUUCAGUGAUGUUUUAGGAGGAUGAAUGAUUGAGCACAGCAUUUCUACAAUAAGAUUGUGAUCAUGGCUAUUGCAAAACUUGAAAAAUAUUAACUGAGCUUCCAUAUGACAUUAAUUCAUUUUAAUUAGGAAUAUAGUAAAAACAAUAGUUAUGAAGUCAACAUACUUUUUAUUUUGUUGGAGAGUGAUAUUAUCUUAGUGUAGCAGCCAUUCUAUUCUACUUGAGGAAAAAGAUGUUGGUUCAUUUUUGCUGCCUUUAGUUCUAGUUUUUUUUAAGCUGCCCAAUUUAUCAAGGCAAUUAACAGGCAAUUAACAGUUAAUAUAUUAAAUAUUGCAGUUUAGUAGGAAUUGUCCCUAAGGAAAAAGAAAUGUCUUCAUCAUGAAACACAAUAAAGUCAAAACUGCAGUUCCAUCUACCCAGGCUGCUACAUUUAUUUUUCAGAGAAUUGAGUAUGUGUUUGACUUGAUCCUAUUAAAGCCAAUGGAAUUUAAAUGUUCUUAAUAUUGACUGGAUUACACAGCAUACUUUUAAGAUAACUUCCUUUAUAUGACAUACUUAAAAAUUGUAUCUUGUUUGUAUGUCUUGUCCAUUCCAGCAUCCAGAAAGAAAGAAGAAAGGAAAGACAAUGGAUCUUUAUGUUCAUACUAUUUUAGAGGACACUUUAUGUUAUUUGAAGGCAAUUCCAGUAUUGAUUACUUUUCUAUUUUCUCUGAAUUUAGGCUUUCUUGCUGAAUUUUAUAAAUAUAGCAAGUUCCCUAUUGCAAAAUAAAAAUAAUUUACUAUUCGUCCUGUUGAUGUGAACAUGAAAGAUCCAAAUUGAAUUAACAUUAAAAAGGCCUACUGAGGAAAUAUUCCAUUACUUAAAAUUCAACUGCUUGUGCCUAAGAUACAGAUUAUCAUUAAAUUAAACAAGACAUUGAGGCAGAAGAAUUGAAAAGUUGAACAGCUAAUCAGGAGAUAUAUUGCUCUUAAUGGACCUGUAACUGAUAUCGAUUACUGAAUCGCCUGCCUUUUACUUUUAAAUGCUGCUAAAGUUUGUUGCAUAACAACCCAGAGAAACCUGAUUUGCUGUUUUAGAAUAAAAUUUGAAAGAUUAUUUGGGUAUGGGAAGACCAAUUAUUAUUUAGCUUUAAAGAGCAGGUGUUUGGAGGCAUUAUUUGAUUAGCAUGUCCCAAUCUCAGCUUGCUGACCCUCAGACUAAUUUUGGGUAUGCAUAUGAAAGACAGAAGGAAAUAGAAAGAAAUGCCAGUGGUUUUACUGGAUAGGGUCUUCUGCCCCAAUAACUUGUUAACUAUUCCAGGAGAAUAUUCUUUCACAAGGUGUUUUGUUUUGUUUUUUUGGUAUCACCAACAGAUUCUGUGACCCUGCAGCAGAAUGCACAAAUGGAUUGAGCAGUAUUGUCUACACACUGAUUGGCAUCUUCAUAUUUUCAGAGAUACAUUUUGUGCAAUCCAUCCUUUGCUAUGCCAAGCCCUACUCUUCCCCCAUCUCUUAUUUUUGGUAAUUUUAUUCCUCAUCCCAUUUUUUUUUCUUAAAGAGCUUUGUAAAUUACUCAAGUAUAUAAAAAAUUGGCUGCCCAUGCUACUGUUACAUCACAGCUGCAGGACCCAACUUUUUCUUGAAGCAAUGUAUUCAAGUAUUAGUCAUCAAUUCAGUCUUAAAAGUAAUUGAUACCAUUUAAAUCUCAUGAAUAAACACAUGAGAUUAAUUCAUGAGUGAGAUAAAUUUAUGAUAAAAAUUAAUUUAUGAAUCAAUGAUACCUUGGUCAAGUAAAAAUAAAACAGUAUUUCUCACUUUUCUAAACCCUAUAAAACCAUAUAACAUUUAAGCACUACCUAUAUAGUUCCACUACUGAUCUAUAGAAUUAUAUCAUAAAGUCAGUGCACAAAAUUUUGUCUUACAUAGUACUUUUGUACUGUGUCCCCUUCUUAAAGGACAGUAUUGUAUUACUGGAGGAAACAGUUUGGGAUCCCCGUGGACUGCAGUUGUAGAAAAAAUAUCUUUGAUCAAAACUCUUUAAAAUGUCUGAGGAAAACUGAAUGUUUUGAUUACAUGGGGAAAAACAUAGAAUUGUCGUUUUAAUUCAUUUGAUUUCCCCAGUAUUUUUGCAGGAUUGGGGGAGAAGGGAUUAAGUUCUUGUCGCAGCUAAUAUCUAAAUAGGAAGAAACAAAUUUGCAAUAUCAUUAAAAAUAGCUCAUAAUAUAAUCCUUAGCAGAAGAAACUAUUUGAAAAUUCCUGUGUAUCAAACUGCUGUAAAAGAAUCUAAUAGGAGAAAACAAGCAUUCCUAAAUUCAGAGAAAAUUCUGUUGAAAAAUAAUAUAGUUUUGAGAUUAUAUACAUUUGUGGCAGCUAAAAGGUAUCUACCACUGUUGGUUCUCUUGCCAUUCAUUUCUGUUCUUUGAUGAGAAUGUGAACUUUCCCCAUUCUCUGCAUUGUGAUGCUUCAUCUACUGUGCUUACUGGAAUUCUUGUAAGCAGCCAUUAAAGGCACAAGAUUUUUGACAGAAAAGGAAGAUACAAACUGAAUAAGAAACCAGUGUUCAGACUUUUCCAUUUUUAGGCUCUCUUGAUCAGUCAGUGGAGAAGGGUAAAUUAAACUGUAUUUUAAAGGGUAAAUUAAACAGCAUUCCACCGAAGACUAUGACCUGCAAUAGAUCACAGUCUUUGGUGGAACAGAUCCUCCCAGGCAUAGAAAUGAUGUGAGGCUUUAUCAAGAGUUCCCCCAAAGUCACUUGAAAUAAAGUAAUUGUCUCCCUCUUUAACAAUCCAAUUGUUAAAUCAACCUUAUUCUCCAUUAUUAUAGAAUUAAGAUUGGCUGCUACUUUGUUGUGUCACUUAAAAACUAAAUUUGGAACACACUGAUAAAUACUUUGCCAAACACUGUACCCAGGCUUUUGUGCUUCCUGCACAUCUUGUUCUAUGCUUGGAAAUUGUUCUCCUUUGUUUAAAUAUUCUGUUGUAUAUGAAUAAAUACACAUAUGGCUGGAGUAGCUUUGUUAUAACACCGCACCCCCCCCCCCAAAUUAAAAGAAAGACCACUGGUAGUUGUUCUGAAGCCAAACAGGCGUGCUACCAUGUGUAAUUGUUGGGUAAUUUGAAAUGUCCCUUUACAUAGCUCUCCAGUUCUGCAACUACAGUUAGUAUCAUCCAUCAGUGGCACUGCUGGCAAGAGCUGAUAGAGUGGUCAAUACCAUCUGCAAAGCCACAAGGUAUUCUUGCCCAGGAAUCUUAUUUCUGAUAGUUACCAGUCUGUUUUUCAGCUGCAUGAAAUAAGAAGAAUUGAUGCUAUGAAUAGCAGAGGUUCUUGGCACCUGUUGUUUCUUCUGGCUGUCAGCAGCUUCACAUUCAACAGGUGCAACUUUUCCUAUUACUGUCUUCUGGCCAGUUUUGCAGUAGAUAAAGUCUCUGAGCCACAUAGUAAUAGAAUCGCCUUACUGGAAACAUUCUGUUUGAUUUCUAGAGUAAUUUAGAGAGGAAGGUUGCAUUAGUCAUGAGUAUUUAGCAUCUGCAUCUUAAAAAAAAUGGUUUGAAAGGGAAUUUCUGAAAUUUGUUUUCAAUGAAACUUUCUUUCACUUUAGGUUUAGUAUAUUGGUGGACAAGCAUGUGACAAUUGCUUACAUCAGGCUUCCUUUAAAUGAAACCAGCAAUUGUGAAAGAAAGGACUGUUUGACUCUUUUCCUCGAGGUGGUUUCUCUUUGAAAUGGCCUCCCUUUGCUUUCUGUCCAAGCUCUCUAUUGCAACCACUUUGGUACACCUGGGGAAAAACUACAUGUUAUUGUAAGGCAUAUCCCAUAGACACGGAAGGAAAAUGGGAAAGUACAACUUCCCUGUGGCCAGGCUGGCAAUCAGUCUGAGUGAAGGAAAGCUCUGAAUUCAUAGCCUUCUCUUUUCAACUUCGGCUCAAUCAAUUCAUCCAGUUAGCUGACUGAGUUCUCAGCAGUUUUCCAGAGGGAGGGGGCAAUACAUCACCCUUGAGAUAGUAAUGGAACUACAAUGGCAGCAUGACUGGUAGGGAAGGACAAUGGAACUGUAGUAAUUCAAGACAUUUCAAAGGAAAUGUAUGUGUGUGGAGGGGGAGGAAUGAACCAUCACCCAACCCUAAAUCCUACACACACACACACACACACACACACAAAGCCCUGAAUGAUCAUUGGUGAUCUAAAGAAUAAUUUGGGAAAACAGUGCCUUCUGUUGACAGUUUAAAGGCAUCCUCCCAUUCCAUCCUUGCCCAAUUAUCUGCUUAAAUUUUCAUUAAAAGAAAAACUGCCAAAGUGGUAGGGAUGACUAUCCACUAGUGGAACAAACUAGCUGCUAAAUCAAUUACAAGCACCUUGCUCUAGAGUUGCUUAUUAGACCGAGGUGUGAUCCCUGCUCUUCCACUGGAUUUACCUUAGAGGCAUUUCCAUGUAUUAUUAAAACCUUUGUCUUUCUUUUGCUGAAUGGUAAUAGAAGUAAUGGAGCAGGGGAUUCUUACAAACAUAUUGUUAAAUCAAAUAUAUAGCUGGUUGAAAAAAAUCUGGACAAUGACUAGAUGGCAGCAGAGAUACAACAGAGAUUUCUUAGCUGUUUCUUCCACAUAGUGGAUUUUUGUUACCCAGAAAGAGUGUCUUUAAGGGAGUCUCCUCCUUUUUUCAAUGAUGAUGGUGAUAUGUCUUCAGCACUGAAUGCCCCCCCCCUUUUUUGUGGGACAGCUCUGACUAAAAUUUUCCACCCUUCUUAAAAGCAACUUAUCUGCAGUUAACAAAUUAAUGCUUUAAUUGCACUGAUGUAUGUUCUCGGCCAUAUGUUUAUUAAAAUAUAUGUGUGAGUGUAUGUUUUCCAGUAUUGGUAUUUGUUUUCUCCAAUUUUCUAUCUUAUGUUUUUUUAAAGAACAUUUAAAAUGAACAAUGAUGUGUGCUGAGAAAGAAAACAUGGGUGGCUAUGAGCCUGGGCCGUGUAACCCCUUGCCACCCACCCGUUCUAUGAAACCCAUUCUAGGAAAGUUAAACCCUUGUGAGCGUAGAAGGGAAUCUGUGCUCCCACCAUGAAUUUUUAAGAACUGAGGACUCAAAAGAGUAAAGCUAUAAGGAGGCAAAUUCUUAUACAAAAAAUAAGACUGGGAAAUCAAUUACAUUCUCUUUUUAUGUUAUGACAAAACAUUUAAAACAGUAAAACUGACUCCUAUUCCUGAAUAGUCUUUCCAUUAACAGUGGAAAAAAUAUCAAUUGUUUUAGGGUCUCUUCCAGAAAAGUAAUGGGGUGGGUUAAAAAAUGGGAAAGGUAUUCAAUGAUGAGUUUGUAUAUAUUUAUUUAUGCUUAAUUUAAUGGGAUUGUGUAAAUACAGCAAGCAAGUAGUUUGGGGAUUAUUUAUCUGUGACUAUACCUCUGUGAAUGGGUGGGGAAUUUAAAUCUUGGGAGGGUUGAGAUCAAAUAGAGAAAAAGACAAAAAAAAAAAAUAAUACAAGCGCUUGAUACUAGAUAGUACCCAAUCUGAUUUUUUUUUUUUCAUUCUUUAUCGACAAACUGUUAUGGUAAUGGGUAGAACUUGGUUUCUUGUCCAGUGAUGACCUGAUUUACAUAAAUAAGAAGAAUAAAAAGAUUGUUGUGUUUUGUUGUA